UUCAACUUCUUCCCUCCCCAUUCUCUCUCUCUCUCUCCCUCUCUCUACGCAGUUACGACUCACGAGGUUUUUACACUCUUACCAGAAGGAGUCUCUUCAUCUGUAAAUGUUUCUCUGCAUGUAGCUUUCCUAUAUCGUUUUCACCCGCAGAAUUUCCUUUUUCUUUGACCGUCGUUUGGCGCAGCGUUGCCGUUACCUCGUCGUGUUGGUUUCGGGAACUGCUUUUUUCUUGAACGGUAGAAGAACAUCGCUGAUUUUGUUUCCAUUUUCAGCCACGGAGAGCUUGAAGUUAACUUGGGGCCAUAAUCUACCUUAAGGGAAUGGAUGGCAACACUUCUCGAGGAGUGGUUGAUAAUUUUGAAUGGGUCUCUGAUGAUGAGCUGGAAAUUGAGAACUUUUCAUUUUCUGCCUGUUCAAGUCCUGCACGUCCUGCUGGAGAGGCAAUGGCAGGCUCAGCAGAGGCUAGCUCUUCAGCAAGUUCUUCCAGCCCCAAGGGGAUUCAUUACUUUGUAGGAAUGGGAUUUUCUGAAGAAAUGGUUGCCAAAGUAAUCCAGGAAAUUGGAGACAGUAACUCAGAUUUGGUACUUGAAACUCUUCUCAACUACUCGACAAGCUCAAUUGAGGAAUCUUCCAACUCAAAGUUGAUUGAUCAUUUUGUUGGGAUGGGCUUCCCAGAAAAAGUGGUUGUCAAAGCAAUUCAGGAAAAUGGGGAAGGAAAUACGGAUUCAAUAUUGGAAACACUCUUAACAUAUUCUGCCAUUGAGCAAUCUCCUCCGGCAAAGCGAAAUUUUGUUUCUGAUAACUGCUCUUCAGAAAAUGAAGGGAGCUUUUUGGAUGGAUUUUCCGAUGUAGAUAGCUUCUCAGAUGACGAGGAUCCAAAUUAUGCACCUGAUGCGGAUAAUAGAUUAAUAGGCUUAGUGAAAAUGGGGUACACCAUGGAUGAGGCUGAAAUAGCCAUAGAAAGAUGUGGUCCGGAUUCUACAAUUGCUGACCUGACAGACUUUAUAUGUGCUGCUCAAAUGUCAAAGGCAGCUGAUGCUCUAAUCGCUGAAGAUAAGCCAAAGCCUAAGCAGUUCUACAAUGAAUAUGCUAAACACAAGAAGAGAAAAACUACUCCAAAAGAGCCUUUAAAUGGAGAUGACGAGCCAAUUCGCCUCCCAAAUCCAAUGAUAGGUUUUGGAGUUCCUACUGAACCAGGUCUUGUAAUACAUAGAACAUUGCCAGAAGCAGCUGUUGGACCUCCUUACUUCUAUUAUGAGAAUGUGGCACUUACUCCUAAAGGAGUUUGGGACACUAUUUCGCGGUUCUUAUAUGAUGUGGAACCAGAGUUUGUUGAUUCGAAAUACUUUUGUGCUGCCGCAAGGAAGCGGGGAUACGUUCAUAAUCUACCAAUACAUAACAGAUAUCCUCUUGUUCCGCUUCCCCCAAACACCAUACAUGAAGCUCUUCCCUUGACGAAGAGGUGGUGGCCUUCAUGGGAUCCAAGAACAAAACUCAACUGCUUACAGACAUGUAUUGCCAGCGCAAAACUGACAGAGAGGAUCCGCAAGGCUCUGGAAGACCAUGAUGGUGAACCACCAUUGAGUGUACAAAAAUUUGUCAUUGAUCAAUGCAAGAAGUGGAAUCUGGUUUGGGUUGGAAGAAACAAGGUUGCUCCACUUGAGCCUGAUGAAAUAGAAAUGCUCUUGGGCUUCCCAAAGAAUCACACCAGGGGUGGCGGAAUUAGCAGGACUGAUAGAUACAAGUCACUUGGUAACUCAUUCCAGGUUGACACCGUAGCUUACCAUCUUUCAGUUCUGAAAGAAAUGUUCCCGGAAGGGAUCAACAUGCUCUCCCUCUUUUCUGGCAUUGGUGGUGCAGAAGUGGCCCUCCAUCGCCUUGGUAUCCGACUGAAGAAUGUGGUCUCAGUUGAAAUUUCAGAAGUCAAUAGAGGGAUCGUAAGGUGCUGGUGGGAACAAACAAACCAGAAAGGGAACUUGAUUGACCUUACGGAUGUCCAAGAAUUGAAUGGCGAGCAGCUGGAGCAGUUCAUGAGCUCGUUUGGAGGAUUUGAUCUAGUCGUUGGGGGAAGUCCUUGUAAUAAUUUGGCCGGUAGCAAUAGGCAUACGAGAGAUGGACUCGAGGGUGAACACUCAUCCCUCUUUUAUGAUUAUUUUCGUAUUCUUGACUUGGUGAAACGUAUAUCGGCAAGGCAUCAAUAAUUUUGCGUAUAGGAGUUUAUAUCAACAACUUAGAGUAGUUCAUUUUUAGCAACUCCGUUCAAUUUUUCCGGAGAGUUGUUACUUCAUUCAUUUAUUUUGGUCACCCUCCUUUAUCAAGUUAAUUUAUUCUAUUUUAUAUUCUACCUGUUAGAGUUGUUAGAUCAUGUUUUCCUUACGGUCAUAAUUGAAGUUACAAUUGAAAGCCUUGACUUCAAAAACAGUGUGACUUUAGGACA